AUGAGACGCACGAGAGCCGCGGGCAGUGUACCCGCCAUGAUCAAUGCGCGGAGACUCCUCUUUGACCGCAGGGCGCGAUACCCGCUUAGUUUUGCAAUGCUGCCGCUUCUUCCAGCCCUGGUUCGACAGGUGCAGCUUUGCUGCGCCGGUGCGGCAGUGCAGCGCCUGGCUCUACCGGAAGUCCUGGCAGAUCGACGCAAGUAUUUGCUGCUCUGUACACGGGGUCUCGAAGACCAGGCCGAGGCCUUGCUCUGGAGGAGCCUUGGUCGGGAGGUUCCAAGCUGGCGAAUUCCUCCACCCCAAGAUUUGCCGCGUGUUAGCGAAGGCCAUGCAGCAGUCGGUAAGCUGGUUGUUGGGCUCGAAGACGGCGAGGAGUUUCCUUGUGGAGGCAUUCCUGGAAUCAUCCACAUUUAUGCUUUGGUGGAUUCUGCCACAGGGCUUUCCGAUGACAAAGAAGCGGCCAUGAAGCAGCUUCUCACUUGGACGGCAGGUUUGGGUCCGGAGUUACUGACGGCUGUCCGGCUAACUCCUGCAAGCGCGGCCACCGAAGCCACCUUCCGCGCUUCGGUCGUCCGAGACGGGGAGCACAACUUCACCUCCGAGGAGGCCAUGCCGGCGGUGGGCGGCGGUGUUGGGAUGGCUAUGCCGUGGAAGGUCAACCUGAAAACGUACGACAUCGAGGUCACGGCGAUCAUCCACCGUGACACUGUGGUCUUGGGACUCUCCUGUGCGCAGCUGGGAAAGUCACGCCGAGGUGCCACGCAACCAUCGAAGCUGCCCCGUGAGCAGCGGCCGUGGCACCUCUCUGAUGCGAGGCAUCUGCGCUUCUCCACAGCUCGCUUGCUACUAGAAUUGGCAGAAGUAUCUUCUGGAGAUCGGUUGCUGGACCUUUGCGGCGGCAUGGGUACCAUUGCGCUCGAGGCCGCUUGCUGCUUUCCUGAUCUUCGGGCCGUGUCUGCGGAUGUGAGCCAGAGGGCCUGCCAGCGUGCCGAGGCCAAUGUGGCUGCCGCUCGCUCCCUGGGGCUCCUUGGGCCUGGCUCGUCAGUGGAAGUCUUAGUGAGGGGAGUGUUGGGGUGGACGCGGUCAUCGCAAGAAUUCGACGUGGUGGUCUCAGAGCUUCCCUUCGGCGUAAGCAUCUCGAUACUGGACUCCAAUGUGCUUCUCACUGCACUCCAGCGCGUGGUCCGCCCGGGUGGUCGGGUGGUGCUCAUUGCACCGCGCUCCGAAUCGCCAAGCAUCGAAGAGCACACGCUCAGCGACAAAUGGUCCGAUUACCGACGAUGCGAUGGAAACGUGGGUGGAACUUCUGUGCACAUCCUGUACUUCCGGCGUGCGAAUCGUGCAAUACCUGGAAAAGCAACGUCGAACUGUUCGGAGCUGAUGGCACUCGCCCCUGAGCCUGCAGCUGUGGAGCGGAUCCUUGGGGGUUUGCACGAGUGGCGAGACGUGCAGGGUGUGAUCCGCACCAUCUUUCAGGCUACGGGAAUCAUGGCGUGCGUGCAGUUUCGACACAAGCCGUAUAGGCUCUGUGCGACGUGGCACAUGCACAAAGCAAUGCAGUGCGCGAAGCGCGGCAACCACGAGCAUGUUGCUGCUGAUUUGGAGAAGCCAACGAACCAAGGCGACACAAUCAUUCCAUGCAUCAUUGUUCGCUAUGCUGGUAAGAGCAGGCUAGCCACGCUCAUCGGCAUCAUUUGCUCCCAGUUUUUCUGCACCUAUUGCAAAGACCCAGCCACACAUCGUCGGCAUCGUUUGCAACAAAGCAGGCCAGCCCGAAUCAACAGCAUCAUUCGUUCAAUGAAUUUGCAGGGAAGCUUCCAAAG